AUGGAAAUCGAAAAAUGCUACGAGCACUCCUGCGGAGAGAGAGGAAAGGCAAAGAAGCAUGGAAUAAACGGUCUGAAGAAUGGAAAAAUAUAUCCACCCGAUCGGGAGGAAAUAGGAAGAGCGUCAUGGCUAGUCCUCCAUACCAUGUCGGCAAACUAUCCGAACGAACCAACAGAGGAAGACAAGAAAAAGCAUUUCGAUUUUUUCCACGCCUUUGCUAAUUUGUAUCCUUGCCAUAUCUGCAAGCUGGACCUUUUGGGGCACUUAAAAAGUCACCGAAUGAACUGUGAUGGCAGGACUGUGUUGGCCACUUUUAUGUUUAAUCUACACAACAGGGUGAAUGAGGACAUCGGGAAGGCCCCCUUUCCCUGCGGAGACAUCCAGGAGAUUAUUGAUAUGUAUAGGACGGCCGACUAA